AUUUGAUAUUCUGUAAUACCACCCACAACAAUGGCGACUUUAUCUCCAUCAACUCAAGAUUUCUCUACCACCCCAUCACAGAUUCUGUCCUCAUCCAACGUUACAGUUGCGGUGGCUUCUCGCCGUCUUCCGCCGCCGUGUUGGUCACAUGAGGAGACAGUAGCGCUCAUUGAUGCUUAUAGGGAUAAGUGGUAUUCUCUACGGAAGGGGAAUCUACGGGCUAAUCAUUGGCAGGAAGUUGCUGAUGCUGUUGGUUCUAGUUGCCCUGUUGAUCCCCCGAAGACCGCUGUGCAGAGCCGGCAUAAGAUGGAGAAGCUUCGGAAACGUUAUCGUGCUGAAAUCCAGCGUGCUGCUCCGUAUGGUGGGGCUCGAUCUCAUCGUUAUUGCUCUGCUUGGGUACAUUUUAAGCGUAUGGAUAUGAUGGAGAGAGGUCCUAAUGCUGUUUCUCCACCUCCCAGUGAGGAUGAAGCUGAUGAGGAUGUAGAAGAUUACCAUCAAAAUGGCGUUAAACUUGUUGGGGAUUUGUAUGGUAAAAAUGUGAAUAUAGGUAAUCGGAGUAGUUUCCAAGGGGUUGUGAGUAAUGGAGGAGGUGGGUUUAGGAUCCGGAUACCUGGGAUGCCCGGGUUAGCUCCUCCAAUGGCGAAACCGUAUAGUAGAUUUGAGGAGGCUCGAGUUGAAACCCCUAGAAAUUUUGGGUCUAGUCAGAUGUUCAGGGAUGGGUUCGUGAAGAAAGCUGAUUUGGGGAAAAGGGUUGUUGGUGAAGGAGUGGGGGAGAAGAAAAAGGAGGACCCCAUGGUGGAUGCGAUAAAGGUAUUAGGUGAUGGAUUUGUCAGAAUGGAGAGGAUGAAGAUGGACGCGGCAAGAGAGUUGGAAGUGAUGAGAAUGGAAAUGGAGAUGAAAAGAACUGAGAUGAUACUCGAGUCACAGCAAAGGAUUGUGGAGGCGUUUGCUCAGGCGUUAUCGGAGAAGAAAUAUGAGAAGGCCAAGAGAAUGCCAACUCCUGAAUGCUAGAUUAAUCUUAGGUGUGUGAUGAAGUUUUCUUUUUUGGUGAAUAUUUUGCAGCAUUGAAUUGCAGAAUGCAUACUGG